AUGGCUUGGUCUAUUGGAGAUGAUUCUGCUAUUAAUCCUUGGGAGGAUAUCUGGAUUCCUCAUCUGGGUCCCUUAAGGGAUAAUGUAAUUGAUCCCUCGACACAGCAGCUCUACCCCCGCUUUGAAGAUCUCAUGACUAAUACAAGUUCUUGGAAUUAUACUCUGUUAUCUUCUUUAUUUCCUGCAGAUGUUUUGCCUCAUUUUGCUAGCAUUCGCUAUCCUAUCAUCGGUUAUACUAAAGAAUCUUGUAAUUGGCGUUGGCACGAUAAUUUCUCAAUCAGCAACGCCUAUGAAAAACUCAUGGAAAAUAAUUGGGAGCCCCAUUCCACGGUUUGGAAAACAAUUUGCAAUGUUGAGCGUUUUCAGAGAACCUUAUCCAAUUCGGCCAUCUGCACAAUUUUUCGGACCUCUAAUGAAACAGUUCUGCAAAUUAUAAGAGACUGCAGCUUUGCUCGCGAUGUUUGGAACCAUGUUUCUCCGCAAGCGUCACUUCCGACUUUCUUUACUGCUGAGCUUCAUGAUUGGAUUUUGCAAAACAUUAACACAACCGCAACCUGGAACAGCUGUAUUUUUGCCACGAGUUCCACCGAUUAUUCAAAUGUUAUUCAUCAUAGCUUACUCUGGGCAAAACAUUAUAGCACUUGCAGCAAUUCGCUUGAUAUAACUACCAUCGGUGGCCUCUUGCGUUAUAGCUCUAGACAUUGGCUAGGUGGCUUCAAUCGCACCAUUGGUUUUCCAAAUGCUUUACAAGUAGAACUAUGGGCCAUUCAUGAUGGUCUUUGUCUUGCCUGGGACCUUGGCUACAGAUUAAUUCAAAUCCGAUUAGAUUGCCAGAAAGCUAUAGCUAUCAUCAACGAUCCUAAUGCUCUCUCCUGUCAGCUUCCCCUUGUUACUUGUAAAGCUACUAAGUUGGGAGCUUGA